GUGACGCAGCCGGGUCAUGUGAGCCUCAUCAGCGGGGGCCAGAGAGCAGCGGAGGGCACCGGAGCGCCAUGACACCGGCUGACAGAAAGCACGCUGCCGGGGUGGAGCUGGGGGAUAUAAACGCCGGAUCCGGGGCUGUGAGCCGCCACGCCGACAGCUACAGUUACCGAGAAGAAAACACGUUAAUUUAAGCGUCUGAAAUGGUGAUUUAUUAACGUUUUUGUAUCGGUCAGUAAAGUCGCGAGCGUGCAACGGCUAGCGCUUCCAUUAUCGGACAGUGCAGUUUAUGGCGGAGCGUGCAUUAUCUCCAUAAUGUUCUCGACAUAUUGACAACUGAACACAAGUGGAACUACUUUCUCUGCUUUUGCCCCUCCCUGAAGCCGACCGACCGGCGCCGUGAUGUCCAAGUCGACCCUCCUGAAGGUGAUCCUCCUGGGCGACGGCGGCGUCGGCAAGUCGUCGCUCAUGAACCGCUACGUCACCAACAAGUUCGACUCGCACCUCUUCCACACCAUCGGCGUGGAGUUCCUCAACAGGGAGCUGGAGGUGGACGGCCGCCGCGUCACCCUGCAGAUCUGGGACACGGCGGGCCAGGAGCGCUUCCGCAGCCUCCGCACGCCUUUCUACCGCGGCUCCGACUGCUGCCUGCUCACCUUCAGCGUGGACGACGGCCAGAGCUUCAGCAACCUGGCCAACUGGAAGAAGGAGUUCGCCUAUUACGCCGACGUGAAGGACCCGGACAACUUCCCCUUCGUGGUGCUGGGCAACAAGCUGGACGUGCCAGAGCGCCAGGUUUCGGGGGAGGACGCUCGGCAGUGGUGCCGCGAGAACGGCGGCCACCCGUACUUUGAGACGAGCGCCAAGGACGCCACCAACGUGGCGUCGGCCUUCGAGGAGGCGGUGCGUCGCAUUCUGGCGUCGGACGACAGAGCGGACCACCUCAUUCACUCCGACACGGUGGACCUGCAGAGGAAGAGUCACCCCGACUCCACCUGCUGCUGAGCACCGGGGCUCAAUGUGACUCCCGGCGGGUGCUCGUGCCGCGCUUCUGCAAUUGUGGUUUGUGACUCUGCAGAAAGAGGAACUGGCGAAGCCCCUCGGGUAAACUCGUGGACGGGGAUCGGACUAUUUUCUUUCUUUUUUCGCACCAAAAGUGACUAACGUUUGUGCCCCACUCUGAUGGUCCUUUUUUUUUUUAAGGAAUAGUCAAUGGAAUGAUAUUUCUGACACUUUUUAUAGAUUAAUUUGGGGUCCAGUGAUGACCUUGGUUGUACUGGAGGCCUGAAGGUUGAAGACCUGUAGUGGUUGUUUGGGGUUUCUGUGAUGAGCAGUUCUCAAGACUCAACCAGCCAAAGCCCCAAAAAAAAAAGAAGAGUUUGACGUCACUGAUGAAGCUGUUUUAGCCCACAAAAGGAGAAGUAGGAAGAUUAUUUUCUGCCUCCCUAGAAGCAGAAAUGACCACGUUUACAGAUAAAAUAUUGUGAUUUUUGAUACAGAUUAUAAGCCUCAACCAAACUACCAUGAGAAAACAACAUCUGAGUGGUUUGAAGCGCUAUAACGCAGCAUUAUGAAGGUGCCCUAAAAUGUGUGUGCUUAAUCAAAUUACAGAUAAGAAAGUAGAUUCAUGAGAUCGACUGCUUUAGAUGGAUUAUACAGACGCAGUCACACGCCUUGAUUUAUAGUUUUUUGAAUCCUUUUUUUCUGUUCUGUUGGGAUGAUUUUUUAAGGCAAAUAACGCCCUGCAAAUAAAAAAGGCAUCGAACAAUGAAA